AAAACCACUUUUAAAACGGAGUCAUUCCCUUCGUCUUCUCCCUCUGACAAAAAAAAGAACAAAACAAAAAAACAGAGGUAAGAAAAAUGAAAAGCGGAGGGAACACAAACACGAAGCUCAUACUUGUUCAUCCAUACAUUCAAAAACAAACAAGCUCAAAUCGUCUAUGGCUUCUCGCUUUUGUCUCUUUCUUCACCAUCGCUUUUCUCCUUACUCUACUCUACACCACCGACACCAUCAUCUCCUCCAAAAACAGCUCCGUCGUCUCCUCCGUCGUCAAUUCAGCCGUCUCCAACACUCCCACCUCUCAGUUGCCAACGAGCGCCAUCAAUGCUCUGCUCCACUACGCGUCGAGAUCUAACGACAGCUUCCACAUGUCAUACGGAGAGAUGAAAUCGAUCUCCGACGUCCUCCGCCGCUGCGCUCCGCCGUGCAAUCUCCUCGUUUUCGGCCUAACUCACGAAACACUCCUCUGGAAAUCGCUGAACCACAACGGACGGACCGUGUACAUCGAAGAGAACCGUUACUACGCGGCUUACUUCGAAGAAAUCCACCCGGAGAUCGAAGUGUUCGACGUUCAGUACACGACGAAGGCUCGCGAGGCGCGUGAGCUUGUGUCGGCGGUCAAAGAGGCGGCGAGGAACGAGUGUCGUCCCGUGCAGAAUCUUCUCUUCUCCGACUGCAAACUCGGUCUCAACGACUUGCCGAACCACGUCUACGAUCUUGACUGGGAUGUGAUCUUAGUCGAUGGACCACGCGGCGACGGUGGUGAUGUGCCGGGAAGGAUGUCGUCGAUCUUCACGGCGGCGGUUCUUGCCCGGAGCAAAAAAUCCGGAGGGAAUCACAAGACGCAUGUGUUCGUUCACGACUAUUACCGAGAGAUCGAGAGACUUUGUGGCGAUGAGUUUCUUUGUCGGGAGAAUCUUGUGGAAUCUAACGACAUGCUUGCGCACUACGUUUUGGAGAGGAUGGAUAAAAACAGCACGCACUUCUGUCGUGAUCGUAAGAAACGCUCUGCUUCUCCUUCGGCUUGAGUAAAAUGUGCGCUAAAUCUUGUGGAGAGCAAUCAACAGACAGACGACGGUGGUGGACCUGGCGGUUGACAACGUCAAUCGCGGAGGAGUCUUUAGUAAAAUAAAAACCUUGUUUUUCCACCUUUGUAUCUUUUCUCCUACUGUUGUUAUUCAAAUCUUUGACCCAUGUGAAAAUUUCAAUCAAUUAAA